CUCAAAACAGGCUCGAUAUACAGAGAUAUUGUCCCGUGCUGUACACGUCGAACUAUGAUGUGUUCACUUGUAAGGUUUGGUGUAUUAGGACUAAUUUAAAUUCAUAAAUUACGUUGAUAAGAAUGUAAAGUCAAAAGUCAUUGAAUAAUAAUGAAGUUUAUCUUGGUGCAAUUUACAUUGGCAGUGGUGUUCAUGUUUAUCUAUUUGAAAGGAUACUUUCCUUUCACUCAUCAUGAAGCUACUAUCAUCAAUCCACCAACUGAAAUUGAAGGAAUUCCCCUUGACUUGAAUCAAUUUUACAAACCACAAGUACAGAAAAUGGUGCUGAUAAUAAUUGAUGCUUUAAGAUAUGACUUUGUUACUGAAAAAGACAUGCCAUUUCUUUAUUCAAACAUGGAUUGCUUAUUGAAAGUGAAAGUAGAAGCUCCAACUGUAACAUUACCAAGAAUCAAGGCAUUGACAACAGGAGCAAUACCACAGUUUAUAGAUAUUGUACUUAAUCUGGGUGCAACAGCAAAAGUAGCAGAUAGUUUUCUGCACAGGGCUCAUGCUAGUGGUAAAAAAAUGGUAUUCUAUGGAGAUAACACAUGGCUUAUGAUGUUUCCCAAUCUGUUUGUAAGAGAAGAAGGCACAACAUCAUUUUUUGUGAAUGAUUUUACUGAAGUUGAUAAUAAUGUCACCAGACAUAUUGACUCUGAAUUGAAGAAAGAUUGGGAUAUGAUGUUCCUGCAUUAUUUAGGCUUAGAUCAUAUUGGGCAUGUCAGAGGACCUUUCAAUAGCCUGAUUCACACAAAACUACAUGAAAUGGACGACAUAAUCAAGAAAAUCAUUACUACAUCCAACACCUGGGACAAUGACACCAUUAUCAUGAUAACUGGCGACCAUGGAAUGAAGGAUUCCGGCGGACAUGGUGGGACAACGUAUGCAGAAACACAUGUUCCUUUAAUUCUGCAUCACAACAAGGGUAUAAAUUGUAAAUUGCAUUCAGUUGAUGUCUCAGACCAAAUCAUACAACAAUCAGAUAUUGCAAACACAAUUUCUGCAUUGUUUAGUAUAGCAAUGCCUGCAAACAGCGCCGGAAAAAUACUGCCGCAACUAUUGACUUUAAAUAAGUCUCAGUUACUUUACACAUUAUUCUAUAACAGUUUAAUUUUGCAAAGAAAUGCUGAGAAUUUAAAUAAUUGCCAUGAAAAUUUACAAUUGGCGAGAUAUUUAUUCAAAAAUGCUGUUCAAACUUCUAAUUUUGAGACAUCAGAUGCUAAAAAGCUGAGAAAUUGUUUAAACAAUGUUUGCAACAAAUGAGUGAUGAACUCAUACAGACCUCAGUUAAACAGGACACUAUUUUGUUAGUAUUUGCAAUGCUUGGUUCACUCAAUUGUUUUCUGGUCAUCUGUGGCCGGUUUAAAGAUAGUUUAAAACUUUCACAUACGUUUCUGACAAUUGUCCCUGUAAUUAUUUUACUGAGUUCCUUCACUUUUACGUAUUAUAACUUUGAAAUGCAAA